AGCCGGAGAAGAGGGUGGGUGGUACUGGGCUCAUGUGCCCUUUAAGAAGGAACUGCUCUGUGCCCGGGAGGAUACUGUACUUAAGCUGGCAAGGAGGGUGAUUACGAAUCCAGGCCUUGUUCUCUUUGCGAUUUGCUAUUGUCUCGUCCUCAGACAGCUUGGAGAGGAUGCAGGCAAGCACUGUGCUGGCAGCAACAUGGCUCCUGUUUCUGGUUGCGGCUGGUGCCCCAGGGCAGUACAGUAAGCCCGCUUUUACCCCCAUCUUCACCCGGCAGCCCUUCAUGGUGGCCUGGAAUGUGCCAACCCAGGACUGUGAGCCUCGCUUCAAGGUCCAGCUGGAUUUCAGUGUUUUUGAUGUGCAUGCCUCGCCCAACGAGGGCUAUGUGGACCAGGAUGUGACCAUUUUCUAUAGGGAGCGCCUGGGCCUCUAUCCAUAUUAUGAUGAGCAGAAAGUGGCUGUGAAUGGAGGCGUCCCACAGAACAGUAGCCUGAAGCAGCAUCUGGCCCACUUGUGUGGAGGCAUCAAGAAAUACAUCCGCUCUGAAACCAAGGAGGGGCUGGCCAUCAUUGACUGGGAAGAGUGGAGACCCAUCUGGAUCCGGAACUGGGUGCCGAAAGACAUCUACCGCAAUGCUUCUUGUCAGCUCGUGCUGACCCGGCGCCCUGGAUUGCCAGAGGCCCAAGUGAAAAAGGCGGCUCAGUAUGAAUUUGAGACAUCAGCGUCGGAAUUCAUGAAGGAGACCCUGCGGCACGCCAAAAACUUCCGUCCCCAGCAACUGUGGGGCUACUACCUCUUUCCAGACUGCUAUAACCGUGACUACAGCAAGAACCAGGAAAGCUAUACGGGUGAGUGUCCUGAUGUCGAGAAGACACGCAACGACUACCUGUCCUGGCUCUGGAAGGAGAGCACUGCCCUCUACCCGUCCAUCUACCUGGAGGACAUAUUGGCCAACACCACGAAUGGGCACAGGUUUGUGCGCUCUCGGGUAAAGGAGGCUCUUCGCAUCUCCCAGCAGCAUCACGACAAGUACAUGCUCCCUAUCUUUGUCUACACGAGGCCAACCUAUCUCCGCAAACAGGCUGUCUUAAGCCAGAUGGACUUGAUCUCCACCAUUGGGGAGAGUGCUGCCCUAGGGGCAGCUGGAGCUAUCUUCUGGGCAGAGUCGGAAAACACUGGAAGCCGGGAAACCUGCCAGACGAUUAAAAACUACAUAGAGGGGGACCUCGGCCACUAUAUCAUCAACGUGACGACCGCAGCCAAGCUCUGCAGCCAGACUCUGUGCAAUAGCCACGGGCGUUGCGUGCGCCAGGACAGCGAUGCCAACGUGUUCCUGCAUCUCAACCCAGCCAGCUUCCAGAUCUACCGCAACGAGGGCAAGCCCCUGCUCAUGCCCCGGGGGAAGUUGUCUCACAGUGACAAGGCCUUCCUGGAGAAGAACUUCCAGUGCCACUGCUACCAGGGGUGGUACGGCGAAGGAUGCGAGGUGCCGCUGAACCCCCCAGGCGGUGGACCCUGCCUCUCCUGUACCCUGGGCCUCCAGUUGCUGAUAACUCUCUCUCUUCUGGCCUGUUUGCACUAGGCUGCUUCUAACUGGAAUCUGUGUGGCUGCGAGAGAGUGGGAGAGAGGGUGCAAUAGGCAGCGAAAGAGAAGCAGGAGCCGUCAGCCUCUUGGUGUUUUGUUUUCUUUGUAUCUUUAUUUAGCAGUGAUGUAGCAGACCUAUUAUUUAAGAGACUGUCCUACCUCUCUCCCACCUGUGCCACUGACCCUUCAAGAGGCAGGGGGACCCUUCUCCCUACCGAGAGUAUUUCUGCUCACAGACAGAAGGACUCCUGGAAAAGAGGGCCACCUUCCAGUUGGCCAGAGGCCUGGCCUGGCCUGCCGUUUCCCUGCCACCCUUGAACUUGGUCCGUCUCAAAGUUCCUCCAACCCAGGAGCUGAAAUGGUGCCUUGGAACAGCUGCCUAAAGGGCUGGACUGGAGGGUGGGGCGUGGGUACAGGAAAGGGCAGGGGCAAAGGGGCGGAAUACCCACAUCCAGCAUUUCUUUUUGGGGAGCCCUGGAUCUUGGCUGCCAGGACUGGGGAGGGUGUGCGUGGCUCUCCCGUUGGAAGGAGAGAUGAGCCACGGUGCUGCAGCUGGAGUCCUGGGCACAGGUCUAGGGAGGAGCAUGGUGGGUCUGGCGGAGCUGCUGUAGUAAGGAAAAAUGCUGCUGAAACUUGUCUCCGUAGGAUAGGUGGUAGAGCAGGAGGGGAGAGCUGCUCAGCCUGCAGGUACUGCCCUGGAGAGGAGCAAGCGCUGAGCAGCGGAGUGGGCUGGGGGACACAUUUUCUGAAUUGCCUGGUGGAGAAGAGCAGGCCGGGGGGCGGUGGGAACGCCAGGCUCCAUCCACACGUGGCUGGUGCUGAGCUGGAGCCCUGCUUCUGUUAAGGGAAAACCAAAAAGUUUUACCUCAACAUUAAAAGAUACACGGAGAAAGCG